UUGUUUUUGUUUCCUCUGUUUUUUAACUUUCGCAGUUCCUGAUAUCUCCGCUCAGAGAACCAAGCUAGAGAUCCCAAACAAUGGCACCAGAAGCAGAAGACGAGAUCAAGGACGAGAAAAAUCCCCGACCUCUUGAUGAAGACGAUAUCGCGCUUCUCAAAACCUAUGGGUUAGGGCCUUAUUCAACGAGCAUAAAGAAAGUUGAGAAGGAGAUUAAGGAAAUGGCAAAGAAAGUAAAUGACUUAUGCGGCAUCAAGGAGUCAGACACGGGAUUGGCUGCACCCAGCCAAUGGGAUCUCGUCUCAGAUAAGCAAAUGAUGCAGGAGGAACAACCGCUUCAGGUGGCAAGAUGCACAAAGAUAAUUAAUCCAAAUACAGAAGAUGCCAAAUACGUUAUCAAUGUUAAGCAAAUUGCCAAGUUCGUUGUUGGCCUUGGUGACAAAGUUUCACCAACUGAUAUAGAAGAAGGCAUGCGGGUGGGGGUUGAUCGCAACAAAUAUCAAAUACAGAUUCCUUUGCCUCCAAAAAUUGACCCAAGUGUCACCAUGAUGACCGUGGAGGAGAAACCAGACGUGACAUAUAAUGAUGUUGGUGGAUGCAAGGAGCAGAUUGAAAAGAUGCGUGAAGUUGUUGAGCUACCGAUGCUUCAUCCUGAGAAAUUUGUCAAGCUCGGGAUUGAUCCUCCUAAGGGUGUUCUUUGCUAUGGUCCUCCUGGAACUGGUAAGACACUUCUUGCGAGGGCUGUUGCAAACAGAACUGAUGCUUGCUUCAUUCGUGUUAUUGGAAGUGAGCUUGUUCAAAAAUACGUGGGUGAAGGAGCUAGAAUGGUUCGAGAACUGUUUCAGAUGGCACGUUCAAAGAAAGCAUGCAUUGUGUUCUUUGAUGAAGUUGAUGCCAUUGGGGGUGCACGUUUUGAUGAUGGUGUGGGUGGAGACAAUGAGGUUCAGCGUACCAUGCUUGAAAUUGUCAACCAGCUUGAUGGCUUUGAUGCUCGUGGAAACAUCAAAGUCCUGAUGGCAACAAACAGGCCGGACACGCUAGAUCCUGCAUUAUUACGUCCUGGACGAUUAGAUCGUAAGGUUGAGUUUGGUCUCCCUGAUUUGGAGAGUCGAACACAGAUAUUUAAAAUUCAUACAAGAACGAUGAACUGUGAACGUGAUAUUAGAUUUGAACUUUUAGCCCGACUUUGCCCAAAUUCUACCGGGGCCGACAUAAGAAGUGUGUGCACAGAGGCUGGAAUGUAUGCUAUUCGGGCUCGAAGAAAAACAGUGACAGAGAAAGAUUUCCUAGAUGCGGUGAACAAGGUCAUCAAGGGAUAUCAAAAGUUUAGUGCAACCCCAAAAUACAUGGUUUACAAUUAACCCAAAAUUUGGUGCCACUCUCUCAACUCGUAAAACACAUGUAUGUGGUUCUAUCUUGUUCAAUGCUGCUUCCCUGGAUUUGUUUUCAUAGUUGCCUAUACUUAUGAUGUUUUAUGUUUAAUUUGUUGCAAUUUCAUUUCUUCUCCCCUUGAAAAGCUACCGUACUUGGGGGAUGAAUCCAAACAAAGAACAGAAUUAAAGGCAUUUGUGGCGGUUUAUUUA